AUGAAUUUCAUGUGCACAAAGUCGACUUCAUCGCACCCAGAUCCACCGCUCUCAUCUCCAACAAAAUUUCAUGCCCCACCAGCCAUUACUUCAUCCUUCUGCAACUUCUCUCACCGACUUCCGCCCAACGUUGCCGACACUGUCCCAGAUUCGGCCGACGCUGCCGACCUCGUUCCAGUCUCUGCCCAAUGUCGGCGGCCGCGGUGGCGAGAUUUUCCGUCUCUGCCAAGAGUAAUUUUCGCUUUGAUCGAGGGUCAGCCCAAGCCUCUCCUCCCUGUCGAUAUCCCCGGGCUUGACGCCCGGCCCGAGAUCCCAAUCAAACGACUGAACCAGAGUUGCGAUCGCCAGGUGGACCGUGCGGUGGGCCAGCGGGAACCCAACGCAGAUCCUCCGGCCCGACCCGAACGGGAUCAACUCAAAGUGCUGCCCCUUGUACUCGAUGUUGGAUCCGAGGAACCUCUCGGGCCUGAACUCGAGCGGGUCGGGCCAGACCUCCGGGUCACGCCCUAUGGACCACGCGUUGACGAACACCUGGGUGCCCUUAGGGAUGUGGUAGCCCAUAUAGUCGGUGGCUUCCUGCGUGGGCAGCACUGGGUGGAGGCGGAGGGCCUCCUUAACGACCGCUUGCAGGUAAGGCAUAUUCUCGAUGUCUUUCUCCUCAACCCGCCGGUCAACGCCCACGAUCCGACUCACCGUGAUGACGAUAUUGAUAUUCUUCUCAGACAUCCUAUCUGGCCCAUCCUUUCCAUCCCCCUCGUACUCGAGCAGCACGUCAAGGAAAUCCUUCUUCUCCCGAAUCUUCCCUGCCUUGCGCUCAUCCAGCCUCUCCUGUAUAAACCUCGACGCAAUCCUCAUCGUAAUCUUCAAAUUCCUCUUCAUCUCCCGCUUCAUCCCGGCCGGGUCCAUCCACUUGAGCCACGACAGAUAAUCGGCUAUAUUAGGCGUCCCAGCCAGCUCGAGCACCCGGUUCAUGCAGUCAAAGAACUGCCUCGACUCCGGGUCCUUGGCAUCCAGCAAGUCCCUCGACAGCAUCAAGUUCCCGACGAGAUUGAAGGCCAUCAGGAAGAGGAACCUGCUGAGCUGGACGGCCCCCGUGCCUCCCUUGGCCCGGUUAGCGGCCGACUCCUCGACGAUCCAUCGCUCCAUGUUGUCGCGGAUGCGGUGUCGGAGGUCGGAGGUCUCGUUCAUGCGCUUGUUGACGAGGAACUCCAUGGAGCAGAGGCGGCGGAGGACGCGCCAGUGGCCGCCGAACUGGUUCAUGCCGAGGGUGCCGGCGUUGAAGUCGUAGGCGGUGAGGACGUCGGGGACCUUGCGGUCGGCGAAGGGGAGGUCGUGCUUCUUGAAGAGCUCGGAGGCAGCGGACGAGCUCUGGACGACCAUGGUGUAGACGGAGCCGAGCUUGAGCCAGAUGACGGGGCCGUGGGCCGAGCGCCAGCGGUGCAUGGUGGCGUGGGGGAGGUCGCCCAGCUGGUGGAGAUUACCGAGGAUGGGGAUGCCCUUGGGGCCGGGGGGUGUCUUGCUCGGGGGUUUUGGCCGGAGGAGGGUUACGGCGAGGAGGAAGAGGCCGGUUAG